CCGUUAUAAUGUCCGUAUGUCUCCUGCAGAUAAGCAGCAGCUUUUGGUGAUCGAAAAAGACAUUUCCGAUCUGCAUAGCUCCAAACUGAACCAGCAGAAGCCAGAACUCCUCCACAUAAAGAAGGAAGAGGAGGAUAUGUGGAUCAAUCAAGAUGGAGAGCAAGUUACUGUGAAGCUUAUAGACGAUGGCCUUCGGUUAUCAGAGCCGCAUCACAUCCAAGCCGAAGACAGCAGAGAGACGGCAGCUCCAACGAGCUGCCCGGCUAAACGUACGCAACCUGAUGGAGAGGACUAUGAAGGAACAGAACUAAACGGAAACCCAGAUCCAGCAGGAGACGGAGCUGGACGGCAGGAGGUCCGUACGAAACUGGGUGAGAAGCAGCUGUUGGUGAUUAAAGUGGAGGUUCCUGAUCUAUGGAGCUUGGGUUUGGACCAGCAAGACACAGAACCACUCCAGGAAACAGCGGAAGUGGAGGAACUGUGGAUCAGUCAGGAGGGAGCGGACCUGACUGUGAGGAGGGAAGAUGAGGAGCAGUUGUUGGUGAUUGAAUAAGAGGUUCCUGAUUUGUUGGGCUUCAGUCUGAACCAGAAAGCCCCAGAUAAAACAGGAAGAGAAAGAACUCUGGACUAACAGUAAUGGAGAGCUGAUCAAUGAGGAGGAAGAGAUGGAUGACAGUAGGUUUCCCUUCACUGUUGUUACUGUGAAGCUUGAAGACGAUGAAGAUAAACCUCAGUUCUCCGAGCUUCAUCACAUUAAAAGUGAAGACAACACAGAGCCAGAAGCUCCGACCAGACGCUCAGCUGAACAGAUGCCGCCCGGUCCAGCAGGAGUUGGAACAGGAUGGGAGGAGAUCCAGGGAAAACAGUAUUUGGACGAGGAUCGGGAGCUGUUGGCGAUUAAGGAAGAGGUUCCUGAUCUGCGGAGCUCCAGUUUUACCCGGCAGUACUCAGAGCUCAUCAAGAUAAAGGAGGAAGAGGAGGAACUCUGGAUCAAACAGGAGGAAGAGCAGCUUACUGUAAAGAUUGUAGAUGAAGAGAAACCUCAGACAUCAGCGCUUCAUCAAAUGAAACUUGAAGGCGACAGAGAGACAGAAGCUUCAACCAGAAGCCCAACGGUACAGAUGGAAACAGAGCCUGAUGGCGAGAACUGCGAAGAACCAGAACUGAGUAGGUCUUUCAACAGCCUUUUUGGCAAAAGAUUAAGCAAUGAAAGUGAUGUUAAAUUACACACGAUGACUCACAGCGGAAAGGGAGAACAUAAGUCUGAUUUCUAUGGUGAAGGAUUUAAAGAAAAGGGUUCCCCUCAGACCCACAUGAAACAUCACUCUGAGGAUAGAGUAUUUGUCUGUGACGUUUGUGGUACGAGAUUUCAGCGACGUGAAACUCUUAAAAACCACAUGAGGAUCCACCCCACAGAGAGACAGUUCACCUGCGGUGUUUGUAGUAAAGCAUUUUCGAGACAGGAUCACCUGAAGAGUCACAUGCGCGUUCACACAGGAGAGAAACCGUUUGUUUGUAGUUUUUGCACGAAAGGAUUCUCACAACAAAUUCAUCUAAAGAGUCACAUGCGGGUUCACACUGGGGAGAAACCGUUCAUUUGUAGUUUUUGCACGAAAGGGUUUUCAAGACAGGAUCUUCUGAAGAGCCACAUGCGUGUUCACACCGGGGAGAAACCGUUCAUUUGCAGCGUUUGUAGCAAAGGGUUCUCACAACAGAAUCACCUGAAGAACCACAUGGGCUUUCACACCACAACGUUUAGCUGUGGCGACUGCGGUAAACGCUUUGUGAAGGAGGACCAGUUAAAGCGACACGUGAGACUCCACACAGACGGGAGGCCGUAUGGCUGUGAAGUCUGUAAGAGCAGGUUUUAUAAAAGGUAUCAUCUAGAGAAUCACAUGAGAAUCCAUUCGGGAGAGAAACCGUUUGUGUGCAACGUUUGCAGCAAAGCGUUUUCACGUGACGGGGAUCUGCGGCGUCACAUGGGUGCCCACGAGGCCUGUAACUAAUGAAUAUCUUAGGGGUUGUCAAAUCUUUUGUUAUGGAGGUAUAAAAAGGUUUUAGAAAGUUGUACUUUUAAAAUUGCUAAUUGUGGCCACACCAUUGCUACCAUUUUAAGAGACCUUUUAAUACAACGUCUUAGAUCAGUGGCUCUCAAAUGUUUUGUGAUGUGCCCUACUAAUACUAAAGACAAACAUCAGUUACAUUACGUUGUAUACUUUUUUAGGAGUUUAUUGAAAUUAUUCUCCUAGACAUCUUCCUAGUUAUACUAUGAAGUGCAGGUACAGACCAAACAGCAGGGGGUGCUGUUUUCACAUUUAGAAGGAUUUAGAAGGCCAGUUUUCUGGACAAAAAAAGACAAGGUUGUUCUUAACCCGGGGUGGUUCUGGGGAAAAAAAAUCUAAUAAAUCUAAGAAUAAUCUAAUUAUGUUUCCUGCAAGAAAAAUAAUCAACAACUAAUGUAUUUUGUGAAGACUUUUAUUAAUGUUCAUGCAUCAAGUAGAGAGCAAAAUGAUGACAAAUUAUGACAGUUACACCAGUUUCUAUAACAUCAUGCAGCGGGCAUAGUUGUUGAAAACUAGUUGCAUUCAGUGUUACUCGCUUGGGACAGUCAACGUUAUACGAUAACAGUUUCACCAAGAAGAACAGUGGAACCUUCUAUAGCUUUAAUUAUGCUGUACGGCUCCCUGCUCUGCUGCAAAACUCAUUUUUCCUCAGAUCUUAAACACCCAUUCUAUGGGCCCCACAUGAUUUUCUUUUAUUAC